CGACACACACGCACCGCCCGCGCCCGCGCCAACCACCGGGAGCGCCUGGCCGGGCGCCGCGCAGCCGACUCCGCGAGAGGAGCUCGCCACCAAGUCGCCAAGGUCCUCUGUGCAGAUGCCUGUGCUCAGCAGUUCCUGGAGCAGCAAAGGCGCAGCCAGACAGAAGGGCCCUUCCUCUCCUUUUAGAGAGCAGUGCAUUUUGCUUUUCCAAGCCAGGAUGAAGUAGCACCCACCAAGUUUUUGAGACAGCUCACGGCUUAGAGGAAGGCUCAUCUAAAUAAAGGCCGGCUAAAGUGGCAUUGCGGGGAUUUAAUCCUCCUCUGGCUGCCCGUGUGACCAGAAGGCUGAUUUGCAAGUUUCUUCUUUCCUGGGGUCCAGAUUAUCAGGUCUCUGGGGCCCUGCAACUUGACAGCAAAAGUGCAACAUGAAGAAGAUCAGAGAUGCGCACCAGCAGCGGGGACCUGAGGGCCUCUGCGGGGCGUUUACACACCAGAGCAAAAGGUUCCCUGGCCAUCAAAGGAAAUAGCAAACUGGAGCCUUUGUUUUGGGACACAGCCACCUACCACAGAGCACCAGCACGGCCAGCCAGAAAGUUCUUGGAUCCUGAUCAGGGAAGCGGCUCUGGUACCUGGACGUGUGCCUGAUGGGCCAGUUAGAGCUGGGAAGUUCAGCGUGAAGGAAGGUCUCAGAGUGAGGGCGGCUUCGGGCUUGGCUGGUAGGCGGUUCUGGCAUCGGCCUCUGCCCUCCCCUGGCCGAAGGGGGAGCUUGCCCAGCUCCCAGGGACACAGGGCUCUGGCAGUCAACUCCCAUCUCCCACCCGCCGGGCCCCUUCGGCCCCUCCCCAGCCUGCCCCCCAUCGGUGCCUCUGCUGAGAUGGAAACGUGGGCCUGCGGAGGACGAUGACUGCCUUGUAUGUGAAUGGAGGCGGCCUGGAGAACACCCGCUAUGCCAGGUGGGACCGGCGAGAGAGCGUGGAGAGUGGCGGUCAGACGGAGUGCACCAAGGAGAACGGAGAGGGACAGCCUCGCCAGCUGACACCCUUCGAGAAGCUGACCCAGGACAUGUCCCAAGACCAGAAGGUGGUGAGGGAGAUCACGCUGGGGAAACGCAUCGGCUUCUACCGCAUCCGAGGGGAAAUCGGAAGUGGGAACUUCUCCCAGGUCAAGCUCGGGAUUCACUCCCUAACCAAAGAAAAGGUGGCCAUUAAGAUCCUGGACAAGACCAAGUUGGACCAGAAAACCCAAAGGCUCCUAUCCCGCGAGAUCUCCAGCAUGGAAAAACUGCACCAUCCCAACAUCAUCCGCCUUUAUGAAGUCGUGGAGACUCUAUCCAAGCUCCACUUGGUGAUGGAGUAUGCAGGGGGUGGGGAGCUCUUUGGGAAAAUCAGCACUGAAGGGAAGUUCUCAGAACCAGAGAGCAAGCUCAUCUUCUCCCAGAUUGUGUCUGCCGUGAAGCACAUGCAUGAAAACCAGAUUAUUCACAGAGAUCUGAAAGCAGAAAAUGUGUUCUAUACCAAUAAUACUUGUGUGAAGGUGGGGGACUUUGGGUUCAGCACAGUAAGUAAGAAAGGUGAAAUGCUGAACACUUUCUGUGGGUCUCCUCCCUACGCGGCGCCCGAACUUUUUCGAGACGAGCACUACGUUGGCGUUUAUGUGGAUAUCUGGGCCUUGGGGGUGCUUCUGUACUUCAUGGUGACGGGCACCAUGCCGUUUCGGGCAGAGACCGUGGCCAAACUGAAGAAGAGCAUCCUGGAGGGAACGUACAGCGAGCCUCCGCACGUGUCAGAGCCCUGCCUCCGGCUCAUCCGGGGAGUCCUCCAGCAGGUACCCGCCGAGAGGUACGGAAUCGACUCCAUCAUGAACAAUGAGUGGAUGCAAGGAGUGCCGUACCCCACCCCUCUGGAGCCUUUCCAACUGGAUCCGAAACAUUUGUCAGAAACCAGCACCCUCAAAGAAGAAGAAAAUGAGGUCAAAAGCACUUUAGAACACUUGGGCAUUACGGAAGAGCAUAUUCGAAAUAACCAAGGGAGAGAUGCCCGAAGCUCCAUCACAGGCGUCUAUCGAAUCAUUUUGCAUAGAGUCCAAAAGAAAAAGGCUUUGGAAAGUGUCCCAAUAAUGAUACUACCAGACCCUAAAGAGAGGGACCUAAAGAAGGGGUCCCGUGUCUACAGAGGCAUAAGACACACAUCCAAAUUUUGUUCAAUUUUAUAAAUUGUAUUAGACUGCUGGUCAUUAAGCAAGAUCAUUGUUGCUGCUUUCAAAUUUUUUCACCAACUUGA